AAAUAAAUAAAUAACAACAAUAUCCACUACUCCCCAACUAAUAUCUCAUGGCCACAAUUCCUUCCCCAUCAGCCACUCUCUCUUCCUCCACCGCCGCCCAAAAGCCACCGCAAAUCCCACCACCAUCAAAACCCCACCUCCCAACCCCAUCCCGGAAACCCCUCCUAACCACCCUCGCCGCCACCAUUGCAGCAGCAACAAUACUAACAGCCACAACUCCCCACCCUUCCCUCGCAAACCCAACACAAACCUACCGUGUCUACUACGGCACAGCAGCCAGCGCUGCAAACUACGGCGGAUACGGAGGAAACUCCGACAAGAAAACAACAGCCGAGUAUAUCUACGAUAUCCCCGAAGGAUGGAAGGAACGGUUAGUGUCCAAAGUUGAGAAGGGCACGAAUGGAACGGACAGUGAGUUCUAUAACCCGAAAAAGAAGACAGAAAAGGAAUACUUAACGUAUCUUGCCGGAUUCCGACAGCUAGCUCCGAAGGAUACGGUGUUGAACAACUUGGCGUUGUCGGACGUUGAUUUACAGGACUUGAUCGCCGGAGCGGACAGUGUGAAGAGUGAGGAGAAGAGAGAUGAGAAUGGACAAUUGUACUAUGUUUAUGAGAUUGAUAGUGUUGGGAAGCAUAGUUUGAUUAAGGUUACUUGUGCUAAUAAUAAGUUGUACUCUCAUUUUGUGAAUGCACCAACUGUUGAAUGGAAUAAGGAUCAAGAGACUUUGAGGCAUCUUCAUGACUCUUUUAAGACUCUUGGAUCCUUUUAGAGAUUGGUGUUUGUUUUUUGUUUAUAUUUGAGUUUCAAUUAUGCUUCAAUUUGUAUGCAUUUCAUCUUUGAUUAUAUAUAUGUGUAUGUAGAAGAGAAUUUUCUGUCAUAAGUAAAUCUUUGUUCCGGAAA